UGUUCUAAUUAGAUUAUCUGUCUCUCUCUCUCUCUCCAACAACAAGAACCUCAAAACAAAGCUUAGAUUUUCAUUAACACAGAGAGAGAGAGAGAGAGAGAGAGAGAGGAUCGAUUCCUAGUCUCCAAGCUUCAAAUCCAUGGCGUCUCGUCGGCGUAUGCUUCUUAAAGUCAUUAUUCUCGGUGAUAGCGGGGUUGGGAAGACCUCUCUAAUGAAUCAAUAUGUGAAUCGGAAGUUUAGCAAUCAGUACAAAGCGACAAUUGGGGCCGAUUUCUUGACCAAAGAAGUCCAGUUUGAGGAUAGGCUUUUCACAUUACAGAUUUGGGAUACAGCUGGGCAGGAGAGAUUUCAAAGCCUUGGUGUGGCUUUUUACCGUGGCGCAGACUGUUGUGUUCUUGUUUAUGAUGUGAACGUCAUGAAGUCAUUUGAUGACCUGAACAACUGGAGGGAGGAGUUUCUCAUCCAGGCCAGCCCUCCUGACCCUGAAAACUUCCCAUUUGUUGUGUUGGGGAACAAGAUAGAUGUUGAUGGUGGGAAUAGCCGAGUGGUGUCUGAAAAGAAGGCAAGAGCUUGGUGUGCUUCCAAAGGAAAUAUUCCUUAUUUUGAGACUUCUGCUAAAGAUGGUUUUAAUGUAGAAGCUGCUUUUGAGUGCAUAGCUAAAAACGCCCUCAAAAAUGAACCUGAGGAAGAAAUAUACCUCCCUGACACCAUUGAUGUGGCGGGUGGACGGGUACAAAGGUCUUCCGGAUGUGACUGCUAGACCAUUUGGUCUGCGAGUUUGUUUGAGGGAGAUAUAAGAUAACCCAUCAUUUCUGUACCAUUCUGCAGCUUGCACUAAUAAUUCGAGGGUAGUCCAUGAAAGUUCUAUGUAUAUUUCUAAUGUUCAGAAGCAGGAAGGAGAUUGUUUAUUGUAAUUCAUAUUCCAUUACUUUUUCCCUUCACUUGAAGUAUAUUGUUGAAGUAUUGAAGUCACAGGGUUAUGCAGCUCUCUCUCUCUGGUCACUAUUCACAAAGCACCAUGUCGUUACAAAUUCGUGCAUUUAUAAAUUGUAGGGUUAAUUACUUUUUACAUCCCUGUGAUUUUGGCUGAAAACACUUAAAAUUAUGUACAUUACCCCGUUGUAGUUAAA